AUGAUCUCACAGUCUAGGCAGUGCAGGCUAGACAAAAGGGAUAGUGGCGGUCGGAGCAAGCUCCACCGCUGCACGGGAGCCAUCAUCAACGGGAAGGCGACAUCCGGCUGCCCGGUGCGUGCGCGGGGUUGCAAGCAAACCGAUGGCACCUGGAAGGUGACGGAGGCGGUCCUGGAUCAUGUGGCGUGCACCGGCCAGGCCGGCAACAAAAAGCAGGGGAUCAACCGUCGAUGUGUGGAGAAGCAAGCAGCGGCGCUCGUGAGUGCGAACCACAGCAUCACCUGUCCCUCACUGGUGAAGACGCUGAAGGCAACUUCCGGCGUGGAUAUCAGCGAGAGGACAGCUGGUAGGAUGCGCGUGGACAUCCUGGGGAAGGGAAACGACGCGAUCGCCAAGGAGUACCAACUCCUACAGAACUACUGCGACCUUCUCGGGAGGGACAACGGCAACAUCGUGGAGUGCCGAGUGAGUCGUUUAUCGUGUCGUACGUCAGAGUUGGAAUGUCAGUACCGUUUAGAUGACACAGGACAUGGAGUGACCGGGACCGCUAACCGAUCGUUGGAGCUGAUCUCGAAGGGGUACUCCCUCGAAACGUUCCGCGCGGCCGCGAACGAUUCGACCUACUGCAUCAUUCCGCCCGUAUGGGACGACUUCACGGUCAACCCCCAGCACAGCCCACCGCUGCACGUUCAAGGGACGGCAGGUCGGCCGAGGAGCGGACCACGCAAGAGAAAGCGCAUCCAGUCCAACGGCAAGCUGAACACGUCAUCGCGAAGUUACGCCAUCUACAGCGCUAGCGACAGAGCCAACGGCCGUGUUGGGGUCAUGCCCACGGGUGGGGGUGCAGCCGGCGGCGGAUCCAGCACAGUUGACCUGUCACAGUGGGCGUCGCAAGGCGCACCCUAGAUGCAACACGCAUCCAGUAGACUGCACGGACGACUGGAGGGCGGAGGCUUGUUUUCUUGCUGUUGUUUUCAGUGGGCUCGAGUGCAAACGUAUGGUUGCUAGGACAAACUUUUGUUGCGUUGUGUGCCCUUGCCCUGUUAGUGUGUUGCGCGACACUGUGCUUGGUUCAUCACUCUUGCAUUCUCGGGAUUGCCGCGUUUUCGCGAGUGCACUGGAAUGCAGCAAAGAUAUUUUCAACGAAAAUUGCGAUAUUUUGUUAGUGAUACCAACGAUUUCUCGUGAUUAUUUCUAGACUAAGCGCAUGGCGAAGAGGUUGGCUUGUCAUGGUGUGUCGUACACUCAUAAGCUUGUACGGCAUCCUCUACACCACCCCUCUCUGUCGUUGUGCGGUCCACACAAAAGAGCUGUGGCGACGACCAUGGUGUUUGCAUUAUUAGUGCGUUGUUGAGCUUGCCAAGUACGGAGGAGUGGGCGUUUUAGCCCUGAACGUGACCCUGCCCUGCUUGUUUUGAAUCAAGUUCCCCGGGUAGAUGGCGCCUGAAAGCAUAGUUUGACACGGGUUGACAAGUGUUUCGAUAUUUUCAUCUCUGCUGAUCAGAUCGAACAACAUGGAUGUCGUGACGGUGCUGCUGUUCCCGAGGAUUCUGUCCCUUCGUACUGGGGAUCUGGUGAAAUUCGAACAUCAUUGACGUUGCUGCUGUCCGAAGUAUGCUUCGAUACAAAUAUUUGCCUACUUUUGAUGCGCUGCACGCCUGCUUUCUGGCAUUAUUCGGAAAAAACAACACCGAGCAACUAGGUCAGUGCACAAGGACCACAUUUGAUUCCUCCUGCUGUACCCCUGAACUCGUCGUGCUUCGAAGUACUUCGCAUGCCUGCAAAGUAUGAAACGAUGUGUAUGCCAACUGUUAUGAUUAUUCCGGAGUACGCAAUGUGCGACCUAUUUCUUCCAUAACCCACCAUCCAUGAAGUAGCAGCGAACGAACGCAGCGUAGCGAACGGUAUCAUUUUUGGUCUCUUGAUCCGUUAGGUUUUUAGGGGAUAUCGAGCCGGAGUUUCGCUUCAUAUACACCAUAGAUUGAUGUAGUGCAUAUGAACACCUUAAUAACAUAUGGUUACGUGGCAAACUGCCUCGACAUGCUGCUGCUGCCAUAGUAAGGCGGUGUGCACUCGUCGUGGUGGUUGGUGUCUUUUGUGUGUGUGGCGUGUGUGUGUGUGUGUUGCUGCGGUAUGCGCGUGUUCUUGUUCCUGAUGCGCGACCCGUUAGUUCUGUUGUCCGUUGCGUGUAACGCAUGGUUUUGUGGCAUUUGUCGCUAGUGCGCUGCUUGCUGGGCUUGCCGCGGGCAUCUUCCCGUGCCUGGUGUCCUCCCGUGCCGACACCGAAGGGGCCUAGCAUGUUUCGGACAUAUUCCUCCGUGGUCGGUCCGCAGUCGGCAGCCAUGGAUAGGAAAGAUGCCAUGGGUACGGUGUUGGGGGGUUCUGAGACGUUCCGAGGCUAUUCGCUGUUGUGCCGUGCGGUGACGUGGAGGUCGACUUCCGCUCGAUUUCCGCCGUCCGUACAGUAAGUGGACACAAGUGGGUACAAUUUGGACCAAAGUGGAUCAAAA